GCCUGCAACCCUCGGAUGGGCAACCUGGCGCACGGGCGGGCGCUGCGCACCGAGACGUCCUGCGGCCGCCACGCCGCCGAGCUCUUCUGCAGCUACAGCGAGGACGCGCAGCGGCGCUGCCGGCGCCCCUGGUGCGGGCGCUGCAGCGGGGCCCACGCGGGGCUGGCGCACCUCCCCGCCGCCAUGGCGGACUCCCCGUUCCGCCUGCCCCGCACCUGGUGGCAGGCGGCCCAGGACGCCUCCCGCGAGACCAUCCGCCUGGACCUGGAAGCCGCCUUCUACUUCACUCACUUGAUUAUGGUCUUCAAGUCGCCCAGGCCCGCUGCCAUGGUGCUGGAGCGCUCCCAGGACUUCGGCGAGACGUGGAAGCCUUACAAAUACUUCGCUGCUAACUGUUCGGCCACCUUCGGGCUGGAGGAUGAUGUGAGGCAGAAAGGAGCCAUUUGCACUUCCAGAUAUUCGAGCCCCUUCCCCUGCACCGGAGGAGAGGUGAUCUUCCGCGCCCUGUCACCGCCUUACGCCGCGGAGAACCCGUACAGCGCGGAGGCCCAGGCACUGCUGAAGAUCACCAACCUGCGGGUGCGGCUGCUGGAGCGGCAGGGCUGCCCCUGCCUCCCGGCCAGCCCGGCCCCGCGGCCCCCACCAUCCCUGCACUACGCCAUCUACGACUUCAUUGUGAAGGGCAGCUGCUUCUGCAAUGGCCAUGCUGACCACUGCAUCCCCGUCGCUGGAUUCAAGCCUGUCAAGGCGGCUGGUGUUUUCCAUAUGGUGCAUGGGAAAUGCAUGUGCAAGCACAACACCGCAGGGUCCCACUGCCAGCACUGUGCCCCACUCUACAACGACCAGCCUUGGCAGGCUGCAGACGGCAAAACUGGAGCUCCCAAAGAGUGUCAAUCGUGCAAGUGUAAUGGGCAUGCCGACACUUGUCAUUUUGACAUGGACGUGUGGCUGGCGUCGGGCAAUCGCAGUGGCGGCGUCUGUGACAACUGUCAGCACAACACAGAAGGGCAGCACUGCCAGCGCUGCAAGCUGGGCUUCUACCGUGACCUCAGGAAGCCUUUCUCUGCCCCAGACACCUGCAAACCUUGCUCCUGCCACCCUGUGGGGUCGGCCGUGCUCCCCCUGGGCCCCCGCACCUUCUGUGACCCCAGCACCGGCGACUGCCCCUGCAAGCCCGGCAUUGCAGGGCCCCGCUGUGACCACUGCCUCCCCGGCUACUGGGGCUUCGGUGCCUACGGCUGCCGCCCUUGCGACUGCGCCCGCAGCUGUGACCCGCACACCGGGGACUGCCACAGCAGCAGCUCAGAUGUGACCUGGCACAAUGAAGCACCUCCUUUCCAGGCAGUGCUCAAUGAGAGCGAGCCCACCUGGGGCUGGGAGGAUGAGCAGGGCUUCUCAGCACUCCGGCACUCUGGUAAAUGCGAAUGUAAAGAGCAAAUUUUAGGGAAUCCCAAGGUCUUCUGCGGAAUGAAGUACACCUAUGUGAUCAAGACGAAGAUAUUGUCAGCUCAUGACAAAGGCUCGCAUGCAGAAGUCAGUGUGAAGAUAAAAAAAGUCUUGAAAUCUACAAAGCUGAAGAUCCUCCGGGGCAAGAGGAUGCUCUACCCUGAAUCCUGGACUAACAGGGGCUGCACUUGUCCCAUCCUCAAUCCUGGCUUGGAGUAUCUUGUGGCAGGACACGAGGACGUCCGAACGGGCAGACUCAUUGUCAACAUGAAAAGUUUUGUCCAUCAGUGGAAGUCGGCUCUUGGAAGAAAGGUCUUGGAGAUUUUGAAAAGAGACUGCAACUAGAGGUGUGCAACUGCCUAGGGCAUUUCUUUUUGCACAAAAUGCAACAGCCUCCACAGAGAGAAGACCUCUAGCCAGAAAACUGGAAUAUAGUGCCAACACGUGUAGUGAGGCAUUCAGAGUUGUAGGCACUGUCUAAUUUAACCCUUUCUGGCCAAUGUUCUUUCACUUGCCUAUAGCUUCCUUGUCAGGGCCUCACCCUGAGCCCAGCUUAUCAUUAGGUUGAGGGAAACAAAAGGAAGGGUGGUAGAUGCUUGUCUCGCUCCAGUGCAAUGUUGGGGCAACUCCCAGGAAGCCACUGAUCACCCAAGACUAAACUGCCAUGCUGGAAGAGCUACUGCUGAGAAGCAAAACACUGCCAGUGCCACUAGUGUGGAUCCUGAGUGACUUCUAGGGACUCCCAGAGGAUGCUGUGGAGAAGGCAAUGGCCACAGCGGUGGGUAGGUGCUGGCACCAGCAUGGCAGUGAGAACUGCUCUUUAGAAACACUCCCUUACAGGUUAGGACAUGGCACCCAUCAAAGAGAAUUGAGUGCCACUUGCUUUUAACCUGUUCGCCCUGAUGAAGGUUUCAGGGGCUAGAUUAUCUGCUGAUGCUGUUAAGGAGGGAGCUGCUGGAGCGAAUUGAAUGCCUCUGCCCUGUCACAGGCAUAAUGCAGGGCAGAGGCCAGCUCUUCACCCACUGCAUGGCUGCAGAGAAGAGCUGGCUGCAGAGGGUGCAGUGUCUCUGAGCUUCUGUCCUUGAAGCCUUAAAAAAUGAACCUAGCCCUAAUGUAAAUAUUUCAUUGUAUAAAGCACUUUACUACCUGCCACUUCACAGUGUGGGAAGUCUAAUUGUGUUGGGGAAAGAAGAAUUUGAAGGUGGCAUGUGAAAAAAGACUCCCUGAAACAGAAGCACUCCUGAAGACACCCCCCGCAGUUGGACAGAGUUAACAGUAUAAAGGGAAUGGCCAGCCUGGCACUGGCUGCUCAGAAUAUCUGAGGAUGCAACCUGAAAGAUAAAGUAUUUGCACUGAAGUCCCAGCUUUAGACCAGCACUUGGACCCCGUGGGCAGGACUCCAGCAAGUCUUUGCAAACAGAGUGGGGAGAAGAGACUUUGAGAUGAAAAUGCAAUUGUCGGGGGAAAAAAACUCCGACUGCAGGAAAAGAAGUGGAUGCAGAGAACAGAAAGGACUUGCAUUCACGUAUCACAACCCAACUAUUCAUGGUGGGCCUGGAGUUUAUUUUAUUUUUAUGUUAGUAUUUAAAAUGGAACAUUUUAUUUGUUUUCUUCUGUGUUAUUGUUUGCAGUAUAUACAGCCAUUAUACUUCCUCAUUAACACCGGUAUGAAAUAUAGUUUACUGCAGUUUUCAGCACUAAAAUACAUCUUUUCUGUAAAGCAUCUUUAAACCACAUUGCAUAGAGUGUAUCUUUUUCAUGAAUAUGAGGGGAAAGAAGACAUACACCAGAAAAGUCACUAGUCUACCAAUCCACUUUACAUAUGUGCUUUUCUUUCAAGGUCCUGUGGACCCACAAAAAAAAGUUACUAUUUUGGUAAUUUGUUUUUGUAUCUCAUGUAUGUAAUAAAUAUAAUAUGAUUUCAACA